CAAAGUGGCCGGAGUUGUUGACUUGAAAAUCAGGUGUGGACCCUCUGCACGGUAAUCGGACCUGUGCUGCCGCAGAGGUUCCCUGACCAGGGUUGGGACGAUUUGCCUCUUCUCCGAAAGACUCUGGCUUGGCCUCAAUUUUAGGGGCCCCAGGCUUGAUUCCCAAAAUGUGCCUGUGUACGCUCCCAGCCCGGGCAUCCUCCGGCGAAGGGCGGUGGGCAGCUAGGCGGGCCCCAAACGCCUGGGCGCCCGCUCGGCCCCUGGCUGCCAGCACUUUCCUACAACCUGCCUCAACCAUCCCGGCCGGCCGCGGCUACCCGUCUACACUGCGGGCCAAGGCUGCCUGCUUCACUAAACGUCCUCCCCUAGGGCUCCUGCGGGCCAGCGCCUGGCGAGGCGGGUCUCUCUUUUAACUCUUUGGGGGUCAUUUGCCACACCCUAACUUUCUGCCACUUUGCCAGGGGCGGAAAAGGAGUCCCGCCUCCGGGCCGAGUUUGCCCCGCAGCCCCGCGGUCUCGGCGUCGCCGACGUCUGAGCCCUACCUGCGACUUCCUAAGGAGGCUUGGGAGGGGGCUGGAAGCGCGCUGCUAAGCCAGGGCUGCGAGGGCGAGUGGCCACCCCAAAGCUGCUUCCUUCCUCCCAUUUGGAGAGCCCAGCUCGGAGCUGUCCUUCCCUCCCGGGGCCUGGAAAGGGUUAAGUGAGGUGGGCCUGGCUCCCGGCCCCCUCUCGUUCCGGCUGGGAUUCCAGGCCCCGAUCCUGCCGGCCCAGAACAAAGGCCCUUUCACACCCAUGUCCCAGUGUCCCAGGCUGUCUCUGAGUCAGAAGCUGGUGGCACUGGGGGCAACCCCUCACCCCCAGCAACUCGGCCCGAGGACCCCGCGUGGCGCCGGCGUGGGGGAGUAAGGGGCGAGGCCCGCGGACCAGGAGGAGGGGCCUGAGAGCUGGGGCCGCCCCCGGGAUCAGCCCUGCCUUCAGGGGCCAACGCCGUGGAGCCGGGGCGGAGCCGCAGGGCCCGGCUGGGCCGCCGAGCGAGCGAGCGAGCGAGUGAGCCUGGAGCCAGGGAGCAGUGGGAGGAGGAACUGUGGGGCCCCUCUGGAGGGCUCAGCCGGGGAAGGGGCGCUGGGGCGCACGGAGAUGCAGGACAGAAUGCACAUCCUGGAGGACCUGAAUAUGCUGUACAUCCGACAGAUGGCACUCAGCCUGGAGGACACAGAACUGCAGAGGAAGCUCGACCAUGAGAUCCGGAUGAGGGAAGGGGCCUGCAAGCUGCUGGCGGCCUGCUCCCAGCGCGAGCAGGCUCUAGAGGCCACCAAGAGCCUGCUGGUGUGCAACAGCCGCAUCCUCAGCUACAUGGGCGAGCUGCAGCGGCGCAAGGAGGCGCAGGUGCUGGGGAAGACAGGCCGGCGGCCUUCCGACAGCGGGCCACCCGCUGAGCGCUCCCCGUGCAGAGGCCGUGUCUGCAUCUCUGACCUGAGGAUUCCACUCAUGUGGAAGGACACAGAGUAUUUCAAGAACAAAGGUGACCUGCACCGCUGGGCUGUGUUCCUGUUGCUGCAGCUUGGGGAACAGAUUCAGGACACAGAGAUGAUCCUGGUGGACAGGACCCUCACGGACAUCUCCUUUCAGAGCAGCGUGCUCUUCACAGAGGCGGGGCCAGACUUUGAGCUGCGGCUGGAGCUAUAUGGAGCCUGUGUGGAAGAGGAGGGCGCCCUGGCUGGUGCCCCCAAGAGACUAGCCACCAAACUGAGCAGCUCCCUGGGCCGCUCCUCAGGGCGACGUGUCCGGGCAUCGCUGGACAGUGCUGGGGGCACGGGGAGCAGUCCCAUCCUGCUCCCCACCCCGGCCGUGGGUGGUCCCCGUUACCACCUCCUGGCUCACACCAUGCUCACCCUGACAGCAGUGCAAGAUGGGUUCCGCACACAUGACCUUACUCUUGCCAGUCACGAGGAGAACCCCGCCUGGCUGCCCCUGUACGGCAGCGUGUGCUGCCGCCUGGCAGCCCAGCCUCUCUGCAUGACUCAGCCCAGUGCAAGUGGUACCGUCAGGGUGCAGCAAGCUGGGGAGCUGCAGAACUGGGCCCGAGUGCACGGAGUCCUGAAAGGCACAAACAUCUUCUGUUACCGGAGACCUGAGGAUGCAGACGCUGGCGAAGAGCCAUUGCUUACUAUUGCGAUUAACAAGGAGACCCGCGUCCGGGCAGGGGAGCGGGAUCAGGCCCCAGGCCGGCCCUUCACCCUAAGCAUCAGUAACCGGUAUGGGAAUGAUGAGGUGACGCAUGUCCUUCAGACAGAGAGCCGGGAAGCCCUGCAGAGCUGGAUGGAGGCCCUGUGGCAGCUUUUCUUCGACAUGAGCCAAUGGAAGCAGUGCUGUGAUGAGAUCAUGAAAAUCGAAACUCCUGCCCCCCGGAAACCACCCCUAGCACUGGCCAAGCAGGGCUCCUUGUACCACGAAAUGGCUAUUGAGCCGCUGGAUGACAUCGCAGCGGUGACAGACAUCCUGGCCCAGCGAGAGGGCACGAGGCUGGAGACACCCCCACCUUGGCUAGCCAUGUUUACAGACCAGCCCGCCCUGCCCAGCCCCUGCUCAGCUGCCCCAGCCUGGACCCACCCCCUGUCCUGGGGGCGACCCCGAACCUUUUCCUUGGAUGCUGUCCCCCCAGACCACUGCCCUGGGGCUUCCCGCUCGGUCGCCCCUCUCCCCCCGCAGCGAUCCCCACGGUCCAGAGGCCUCUGCAGCAAAGGCCUGCCCCGCACUUGGCUCCAGUCACCAGUGUGAGAGAAAGGUGCUGGCACCAGGAUCUGGCCAGAAGAGAAAGUGACCAAAUGCAAGUGGGCUCUGGAUACAGCACUGCCCCAGCAAGUUGGCCAGUUUGGCCACUUCUUCCUCUGCUGGACCGGGGGUAGGCUGGGGAGGGGGAGCAGAAGACUCUUGAAGCUGUGGUUGCCAUGGUACUAAGAGGCUCAUUCCUGAGGCUGGCCAGGACCCCCCCCCACCGAACCUUUCCUGGGAGAAAACUGGAAUCAACCCUACCCUACCUCCCUGCACUAACCAGCUUUGAGGAUGGCGCUCAGGAGCCGUGGGAGAGAACACGUCUCCCUGUGACUAUACACCGACCAUUAAAGUUAUUUAACAGCA